AUGGCCGUCACUGGCCUUGUUGCAGUCGAGACGCUGCCCCGAUUCCUCCUCCCACGGCUCAGCUGGACUGCGCCGCUCGCCGCAUCUCGAUCUGCUGCAGCCCAACCCUUUGCCCCUCUACAAGCACGAACGAACCAAAGAGCAGUGCCCGCAUUCAACACCAACUUCUCGGCCAGACGAUACAACAAUGGCCAGACACCGGCGCUGAGGCGAGGUUUUCACGCGACGAGUCGACGAGCCCGGGAGCAUCAUUUCGACACGCUCAAGUUUGUCAAACAACUCAAGGAUGAGGGCUUUACCGAGGAGCAAUCAGUCGCCAUGAUGAAGGUCCUCAACGACGUCAUUCAGGAGAGCAUCCAAAACCUGACCCGAACCAUGGUCCUCCGCGACGAUGCUGCCAGAACCACAUACACGCAAAAGGUCGACUUUGCAAAGCUCCGUUCCGAGCUCACUUCGGCGGACAGCACCGAGUCCAACACGACGCGCAGUGCGCACGAGCGCCUCACCAACGAUAUUGCCAAGCUCAGCAGCCGGCUACGAGACGAGAUUGGCCGCACCCAGGCCAGCGUGCGGCUGGACCUCAACCUGGAAAAGGGCCGCAUCCGAGAAGAAGCCGUGGGCCAGGAGCUCAAGAUCAAGGAGACUGAGACCAAGAUUGAACAAGAGGUGGCGGCGCUGAGGGAGAAGCUGGAGCAGGUCAAGUUCCAGACGCUGCAGUGGCUGAUGGGUGUGUGUACUGGUUUUGCGGCGCUGCUGCUUGGUGCUUGGAGACUGCUCAUGUAA